AUGGAGAAGAAAACAAGUCAAGGCCUGUCCUCCGCCGCAGCCUCGCAGGCAUCACAUCUGGAAAGAAGUCUGGCCCUCGCUUUGUCACGGCGCCGACAAGCUUCAACACUUCGCAACCUGACUCUUCCUGCUGCCAAUGCCAUCGACUUCAGCUCCAAUGAUUUUCUCUCUCUAUCCAACUCUUCUGCUCUCCGGGAUCUCUAUCUUCGCGAAUUAGCUGCCCGUCCCGACUUUCCUCUCGGUAGUGGCGGCUCACGACUGCUCGAUGGCAACAGCAAGUACGCAGAAGCAUUGGAGAAAGAUAUCGCGGCUUUCCACGGUGCAGAAGAUGGUUUACUGUGCAACUCUGGUUUCGAUGCUAAUGCGGGCUUAUUCUCUGUUCUACCACAACCUGGAGAUAUAGUAGUGUAUGACAGCUACAUCCACGCAAGCGUGCACGAUGGCAUGAGGGCUAGCCGAGCUGGAGCAAAUUUUGCUUUCAUACACAAUUCUGUCGAGGAUCUGCGAGCUGUGCUAAAGAGGUGUAUCGCUUCGGAUGAGAAAUUCGAAUCUGGACGACGUAGCAUUUUCAUUGCCGUCGAGGCAAUCUACAGCAUGGAUGGCGAUGUCGCACCGCUAAAGGAGAUUGUUGAGAUAGUGAAUGACUUACUACCUAACGGUAAUGGACAUAUCAUUGUGGACGAGGCACACUCUACAGGCGUUCUAGGUCCACAAGGCAGGGGGUUGGUCUCGGCGCUUGGAUUGGAAGAUAAGAUCACUAUUCGUUUGCAUACUUUUGGCAAGGCGAUGGCUUGUAACGGUGCAUUUGCAGCCAUCAUACUCUGCAGUCCGCUCAUCAAGCAUUACUUGAUCAACUACGCACGACCACUAAUCUACACAACCUUCUUGUCAUUCCCAGCGUUAGCAGCCAUCAGAGCAGCCUACACAUUUCUGUGGAACGACAAGAGUACUGCACUCGCCACGCAUCUCUUCGAUCUUAUCAGUCUUUUGCGCAAAAGGUUGUUUGCUCUCACCUCGAGCCUACCACAUCACCAGCGCCACCUUCUUCAAGUCCUUGAAGAGUGUCCACCCUCGCCUAUAUUCUCGGUGCUCAGUUCAGAUCCUCGAGGUUUGGCCAAAUUCUGCCAGGAGAAGAAUUUUGUAGUCAGACCCAUUGUACCGCCGACCGUUCCACUAGGUUCCGAACGUAUUCGUGUGUGCUUGCAUGCUGGUAAUACGAGGGCAGAAGUCGAGGCGUUGGUUGCAAGGAUCACUGCGUGGGUGGAACAGAAGACAACGCUUACACUAGCUAAGUUGUAG